GGAGGUGGCUGUGGGGACAGGGAUUCCCAUAGAAGCUGUUUGUCACAUCUAACUAAACCAGCCCCCCCCCCCCCGAGAUCCUUCUGCAGUUGCUGUCAUUUCAUCAGCAGCCAACAGCAAAGGACUGAUCCAGCAUGGACUUCUUAUCUGCCCUGUGCUUAGAGGACCUCACAGCCUCCUUCUCCAAACUACCUGUUUAUCCAGUGUUCGAUGUGGCUUAUUAUAUCAUCUCCAUUCUAUAUCUAAAGUAUGAACCAGGUGGGUGCUAUAGUCUUGAAAAAGUUUACUGUAAUUGUCCACCUGAGACUUCUUGCCCCUUCCCACUGUGAGGGCUUUCUGUGUUUGCUGUGUAGAUUGUGCUCGCAGAGAAUUGUUCUUUUCUUUUUUAAUUAUUUUCACUCCUCAUCUCUAAAUGCUCCAGAACCUUUUAAGGAUGUGAAAAGUCUUGUCCAGGAACACAAUGAAAGAAUUGUCUGCACAUUCUGUCUAAAAAUGUUGUGCUAGACAAGUGUGUCUGAGGUAUGUGAUACUUUCUAUAUUUAGAGAACCUCUCACACAAUACUUUUUUUUUUUUUUUAAACAAAAGUAUAAUCACAUUUUCUGCCCAUAUUUGAGGACACAUUGCUUUUAAAAAACAACAUUACAUUUUUCAAAUAAAACUGGACUGUCAGAAUAGCAUUAUGUUGCAUCAAUACAUCAGGACUGUGUCUUAAAUGAUUGAUUGGGCCUGAUCAUAUGGAAUGGAGAAAAUAACUUAUACAGAAGUGGUUUCCUAUAUAGUGAAAGUAUUUUCGCAGUUCAGAUUUUAAUUUAUAGCAAGAUUUUACUUUUUCAGUGUGACUGUAAAAAGUUUGAUAAAGUUAAUUGAAAAAUCUAGUUUUUGUUAGAGUUUUGGGUGCAUUGCAAGUGCAUUUGGGUUAGACAUCUAAAUGAACCCAUUUGCUUAGACAAAUAUCUGUUCCCUUCUUUCUCUGCCCCACUUAACCCCUGUUCAACCAGAAACGAUUCAUAAUAAAGAAAUUGGAUUAUUUGCCAUUAAGUUCUUGGCCCAUAAUCUUGCAUUUGUUUUGGGGAAGUGUGCUGAAUUUACCAUUUAGAAAAUAUUUGUGUGUGGCCCCUUCUUAAUACUGCCUACUAAAUCUCAAUAUGUUCACCCACCCAUGGGGUCCAUUCUGUCCCACAACGAAUGUGUCACUCUGACCUACUGCAUUAGUUUUACUGAGUUGAUGAGUCCAUUCAUCUAUACGAUGUUCCCUGACUGACUCACCAACACUGUACACUUUAUCUCCUGGUUUACUCUUACCAAUGUUCUACUUUCUGUAUUCCCUAUUCAGUACAUUGUGCUGUGGGUCUUUUUCGUUGCCAAACUAGACCCAAUAAAAUAACACUUCUGCUUCCUAUUGAUAUUUACUGCUUCUCCUAAUCAAACAUGUACCUGCUUUGUCCUCAGCAGUGUCCAGUGUGCUGACCGAGUAACAUUUUGCACCCAAAGAGGACCUCAAUAAAUUUUUUUGUUUAAUUUGUUUUUUAUUCAGACCUCAAGAAAUGUUUGUAAAUACCUCAGGUUAUCACUCUCAAUAUAAAAUAUGAUAACUCUAUACAUACAAUCUGGCCACCCAAAAAAGCAGUUAAAGAUAAGGGGAACAUAGUGACAUAGGAAGUAAAAUGCACCAAUUUCUGGCCAUGAAUGCCGUUAGAGUGCCUUGAACUAUGGAGAGACCAUUUAUCAAAUGGAGGUUAGGCAGCAUAAAUAGUUUAUAUAAUAUACAUACCUUGCACUGGCAUGUCAGAGGUAUUGCUCAUGAGAGAAAAGAAAGUUGAACUCUAAAGACAAGUACCCCAAAAUUAAUUGUACCCAGGCAAAGGAGCAUACCUCAUGGCCCCAAGGUCUCUUUAUGGAUUAGCCAUCAGCUGCCAUAAUUGAAAGUCUCUCUGCAUAUUGAGUAGAGUACUUCAGUCAUCCCACUGGGAGUCACACUGGCUUUUUAUUUUAUUCUGUUUACAUUCGCUUCAGCUAGGCAUACACAUAAUCUAUAAAUUAUGCAAGUGAAAUCAUCUUCAAAUGGGUAACAUUAAUAUUUGCUUAUACCGCUUUCAAGGAGGCUUCAAGUAUGGAUACAAGUGGCUGCCUACAGAGCAAUGCACCCACCUCAGAUGAUAUGCACGUUGUUCAACAAUGCACGGUGCUUGUGCCAUUUGGGGAUGGGCCCCAGAACUUGCAGAUGCUCCCAUUCAUUUUUGGUGAUCUACUAUACAGUUUGCAACUUGGCAAUUUCCCCCAAUGAAAAUGUACCAAUUCAUUUAUAGCACUACUAAAUAAGAGUGUUCAGUUUGCCCUGUUUAUUGUCAAGACUAAAAAAUACUUAAGCAGUCCCCAAAGAGUUUUGUAAUUUUUAUAAAGAGGAACUGUUAUUUCACAGGAAACGAGAAACUGUUAUUUGUGAUAUCUAUUAUCUAACUAGACGUUAGCUAUAUUAGUUAUGCUUUUUUCCCCCUUUCAUUUGAAAGCUGUUCUGGUCCCAUCUGGCAUUCAAUGUAAACUCUAAAAGAGUGCUAUUAGAGUACAGGCCUUCGAUAACUAUUAUUGGGGUUAGUUAAAGGAAAACUGUCAUCAGAAAGGUGGCAUUUCCACCUAUCACAAUGGGUGAAAUGUUAAAAGAUCAUCUCACUUCAGAGAGAAAUAUAUCUAUUUGUAACUUUAUUAUCUAUAAUUGCUGUGAGGGUUUAAAAGGUGAUUGAUGAUCUCAUCCAAUGCAAUGUUUCCCUAUAGGGAAACGAUGGCAGGCUAGUUCACAUGCAUGUCAAAACGCCACACUGCACCAAUCAAUUGAUCUCUAGGAGUCAGACAGACAACCACUAGAGGUGCAUUUAACCCAUGUAAACACUGCAGUGUCUGCAAAAUGACACUGUUUUACAUGAAAGGGUGAAAAUGACAGAACCACUGCACCUAAACUGGGUGGAUUACUGGAUUUAGUGGUCCUUCGCUAUUAGAAGCAUUAAGAACAUUUGGUUUCAUCAUGCUGGGUGUGAUGACGCCAAACGUGAAGAACUUUCAUUUUUCAAGUUCCUAAUAAGGAAAUGACUAGUGUCUGUCAGCUUGACAGCCACUAGCGGCAUGUUAUCGUACAAAUGAAAUAUUGCCAUUUCUCGGGAAAUGUUUACAUUCGUCACAUUGCAGGGGCACCAAAACCAAUUCUUUAAGAGUUGUGGUUUUGGCGUGUAGAGAGUAUCCCUUUACCUGGGACAUUGCCUGGGGGCUUCUGUCACCAUAACCACAACAUUGCGCAGUGUGCCAUUAAUUUAUUUCCCCGUAAUGUGUUAUAAAACUUAACAGACAUUGAAUUGUAUGGUCAUUAAAGUUAAGUGUAGGAGGAAUUUAACAGCACAAAUUUAUGCUUUGAUGUUUGCAGGAUAAAAGUUCAGUAGAAGUAUGGGCAAAUAAUUCUUAGCACAUAGGGUUAGUGAAAUAUAAAGAUUUAUUUGCUGCCGUAGGCCCAGCCAAGUCUGUGCGCUUGCCUGAAAAAUACUUAUUCACACCAAAACUCAUAGUCACACUUUACCAUACCACCAGUCAUGUGUGAUUAAAGUCAAAUGUGUGUAGCAGAACUCUCUGAAACACAUCUAAUAAGCCAUGCUGUCUCUCUCAACACAGUCAGAUACACAAACACACUAAAUAAAAUCUGACACAUAUCCCAAAGGUAGAAAAAUUCCCUCUCACAGGUAGAAAGAUUACCCUGUCUCCUCCAGCUGUAAUUUAGGAUUUUCUGGCAAUUGAGAUAAGGAGUGCUGAAGGUUGUAGCACUAAUCAUUCUCUGGAGAAGCAGGGGAACUUUGCAUGCGUUGCUUCCUCUGAUGCGCUUCAGCUUGACGGUUGCAAUACACAAGACUUGAUAAACUGUUGAUGGUAAAAGUUUGAAAGUGUGUCACUAGAGGGCAGUGGAAAAGUGCUCUCUUAUUGCAAUCUAUAUAUAGGGAAACAAGCUAGCAGCUGCUUUGAGAAACAACUACCUAAUGGAUAUGAAAAAAACAAACAAAAAAAAUACCACACAUGCUGUUUCCACUGCCCUCUCACCAUCCUGCCACCCAAUAUAUUUGCAUUUUGAAAGAGUUUAAAAGUUGGGCAAUAUGGUGACUUACUGACAGUGUUGGAGUAAAAGCAGAUCUAUCACUUUUUAGUAUUUCAUAAAGAUAUAAUCUUUAUGAAAUACUAAGACCAAAGCUACCACACGAGAAAGAUGGGACUACUUUGUCUUAUUGUAAAGCAGGGGCGGGGAACCUUUUUUCUGCCAAGGGCCAUUUGGAUAUUUAAAACAUAAUUUGCGGGCCAUACAAAAUUAUCGUAAAAAUUAGGCUGCUGUAUUUGGUCAAACAUUUAAUUAAUAUUUAAACAUUUAAUUAACUCACUCCUAAUGUGAUGGCUCCAUCUGCUUCUCUUUGGUGUGAUGUUAGCUGGUAAGAGUGGUGCAGUGUGUGAGGGGUGCCGUGUGUUUAUGUGAGGGGUGCAGUGUGUGUGAGGGAUGCAGUGUGUGUGUGAGGGAUGCUGUGUGUGUUAGGGGUGCUGUGUGUGUGGGGGAGGAGCAAUGUGUUUGUGCGAGGGGUUCUGUGUGUGUGUGAGGGGUGCACAAUGUGUGUGAGGGGGUGUAGUGUUUGUGUGAGGUGGUGUAGUGUGUUUGCAUCCCACACACACUACACCACCUCGCACCUCACACACACAUAACCGCUGUGUGUUUGUGUGAGGGGUGCUGUGUGCGAGGGGUGCUUUCUAUUUAUGUGAGGGUUGCUAUGGGAGUGUGUGUGGGGUACUGUGUGUUUGUGUGAGGGGUGCCGUGUGUUUAUGUGAGGGGUACUGUGUGUUUGUGUGAAGCAACUGAAACAUGAGGAGCCAAAGAGGACCAACAGCAUGAAGAUGGCGGCUGCGAGGGACAACCUGAAGUAAGUAAAACUCACCUCAUCUGUCUGCUUCUGGGGUUUUUGCAAAAUAUUCAAAGACCCCCGAAAUUGACAGAUCCACUUUAGCUAAAAGGCCACAGAGAGUGAGGCCAAAGCCAUGCAGUGCCUUGCUCUCUCUUUAAGCCAUAUUUCAGUAUUGUAGUGUACUGAAAUCAAGUACUUUGCCUAAUGUUUUUGGAACAGAAUGGUUAUAUAUGAAUAUAUGAUUGUAUAUGAAUGAAUCUGAUAUUUGUAUGCUUGAGGCAAUUUUCAUGAUUAGACUCUCGAUAUGGUAAAAAUGUAAGAAAUUCCUAAUAAAGUAAUACAUUCAGUGGAGAUAAAGAUUUUUUUUCAUUUUACCUGUAAAUGAAACUAUAUAAAGUAAAGAAAGUCUAGUAGUAGUUUAUUGUUGCAGGCAGUGUUUUGCCACAUGUUUUUUUUAAUGGUUGCUCCUUGUACAGCUGUCAUAUUAUUUAAAGUGCUUUGCGAUAAUGGUUCCCGCCCAAAAAUCAUUUAGUGAAUGGCAUUUUCUGGCAGAUAAGACUUGACUUUCAAGUUACCAUACUAUACAUAUAUAGCACAUUGAAACAAGAUAUUCUCUCAGGUGCUUAACAAGGUUUUGACACAGGAUGUUUUAUUUUCACUUCAUGUUUUAAUAAUUAAAGAGUUUUUAUGUUGGGGUUUAUUCACUAAACUGUGAAUUAUGUAAAACUGACAAUGGAAUUGCAGAUUGUAUGCCAAUAUAGCCAAUUGAAAGAUAGGUAAGUUGGAAAAUAUUUGAUUUUGUUGAUUUACCGACAAUGUGCAAUUAUCUUGUUAUUUCACCAUAACUCAAAAUUAAACACUUUUAUUUACACUGAUUUUUUUGUUGUUGUCAUUUUGGAAAUGUGUAAAGAUUCUAUUGAAUUGGCACAUUCUAUUUCUGUUUUCCUGCAGCAAUAUAAUAGCCCACUGUUGAAUUAGAUUUACUAAUAUUGUAUAUAUGAUUAAUUAUAGGAGAUAUAUACUUUUUAUUUAUGUCACUAUCUCAAUUGUUCCAAUGAAACCGUAAUAGAGCAGUCUGAGGGGAUGGUUGCUAGAAGUAGUACUUCCUUUAUAGAUCGGAUGGUCAAUGAUUUUCAGUAACUAGAUUUGACUGACGUUGCUGCAGUAAGAAUGUGGCCUAUCAUGAUUUUAUUAAUUUUGCUAAUUGUUUUGGUAAAUUUCUUGAACGAUCCUAAUUCUUGCAAAAAUGUUCUUCUGUCAUUCUAAUACUGUGCAUCCAUAUAGAGCAUGUUAGCACUUUAUACAUGCUGGUUGAAUAAACUGUUAGAUGAAAAAAUUGGAUUUAGUCACAUUUUAUGGCUGAACAAUACUUGCGCUGCUAUCUAAGUCAGAAUACUUCAGUUUUAAAAGGCCAUUUUACAUUUAUUAUUUACGUAAUGCUUUAAUAUAUGAGAGAUUACCCUGAAUCUUCCCCUGUUUAUUCAAUGCCUGAAAACAUCUUAAUUAAAAAAUCAAUAUAAUAGUGAGAGCACACAAACAAAAACAAGGUUUUUACUACAAGCUGUACAGUUAAAACCUAUUUAAAAAAACAUAAAAAAGACUAUAGAGUAAUACAGUAAAACCAAUAUUUUAUAAAACCCAAGUUUGGUAGCAUUCACAUGGUGCUGAGCCACUCAAAUAGUCCACCCCACCCUUUUUUAUGUAUGGAAUCUAGUAUAUUUUAAGUGCUUCAAUAAAUUGUUAUCCCUUAUCCCUGUACUUACCUUGUAUGCUGGCGUUCAUAAGGCUUAAGGUGGGGAGCUGCACUAAACAGAUUUCCAAGGAACAUCCACUUUAUCCUUUUGUUGAUCAAGCUUCCAGGUCUGAGCAGGGCCAGUGCGUCCUAUAGGCCUAUAACGCGGCCGCCUAGGGCGCUUGUUAAGGAGGGGCACCAGGUCAAAUUGUGUAUUGCGUGCCGCAGGUCAUGGUACCGGGAGCUAGGGAGCACUUACAUAAUGCCAGACUUGUGCCAUCAACCUCAGCACACAAAGAUCACAGAGUGCCGCCCUCUGAUACACCUAUUAUUUGUCAGCAGCGUACAGGCACUUAUUACGAUUGCUCCAGCCCCUUCCCCUGCACUUGGGGUCAAGUGGGCGGGAAUAUAGCGGAGGCAGAAUUCAAAGAAAGUCAAGGCAGCCAGGCGCAGCCCAGAUGCCUGGAACCCACGGUGAGCUAACUUGAAAUGAAGGCAAGAGGGGGACUUAAUAGUGUGUGUGUGUGAUUUAAACAAUGUGUAUCAACCUGCUUGGGUCAGUGUGUGUGUGUCUAUGCUUGGGUCAGUGUGUGUGGGUGUCUGCUUGGGUAAGUGUGUGUGUGCUUGGAUCAGUGUGUGUGUGCUUGGGUCAGUGUGUGUGUCUGCAUCAGUCAGUGUGUGUGUGUGUGUAAGUCUGCAUCAGUUAAUGUGUGUGUGUGUGUGUCUGCUUGGGUCAGUGUGUGUGUGUCAGUCUGCAUCAGUCAGUGUGUGUGUGUCUGCUUGGGUCAGUGUGUGUAUGUGUCUGCAUGGUUCAGUGUGUGUGUGUGUGUCUGCUUGGGUAAGUGUGUGUGUAUGUGUCUGCUUGGGCCAGUGUGUGUGUCAGUCUGCAUAUGUCAGUGUGUGUGUCACUCUGCAUGAGUCAGUGAAUUUGUGUGUGCAUUGGUCACUGAUUGUGAUUAGACCAUUCAGUGUGAGUGAGUCAAUGAGUGAGUGCGUGAUAGUAUGUAUAUAUCAGUGAUUGCAUUUGGGCAAAAAGGAUUUUAAUAAUAAAAAAAUAAAAAAAAUAGAAAAAGAUCAGUACUUUUAAAGAAACACUAUAGUGUUAGGAAUAUAAACCUGUAUUCUAAAUACUAUAGUGUCUCUGUCCCUACAUAGAUGUAAGCCCCCCUCUGCACUGCGUGCCUCCUAACCUUGCUCAAUGUCACUGAUUGGGCAAUGCAGGUCCAAUCCAAUGUUCCUCAUACAGGAGCAUUGGGGACCUGAUGCGCAUCAGUGGCAAGCGCUAUGCACUUCCAAUGCUUCUCAAAGUUAAACAUGGCAUUUUAGCGAAGGCGCCUCUAGUGGCUGUCAGUGUGACAGCUAGUAGAGGCUUGUUUAACCCUUUAAGGUAAGGCAAUGUUUUAUCUUGUGGGGUUAAGCAUACAUGACCACUGUGGAGCGAAUGGGGAGGCAAAUUUUUUUUGCCUAUGGCGGCAAAAAUCCUUGCACUGGCCCUGAGUCUGAGACAGCUAUUUGAGUGGCUCAGCACUAUGUGAGUAUGACCAAACUUAGGUUUUAUAAAAUAUUGGUGUUUUAUUGUAUUACCCUAUGGUCUUUUUAAUGUUUUUUUUUUUUUAUAGGUUUUAACUGUACAACUUGUGGUAAAAACCUUGUUUUUAUUUUGUGUGCUCUCACUAUUGAUUGAUUUUAUUUGUGUGUUUAAUGUGAACACAUAGGUGAUAGUACCCCAAAUCACAAUACCCUAAACUAAUCCAUUAAUUUAUUGUGUAUUUAUACAUCUCAAUUGAAGGCAUUUUCAGCUCGUAUGUCUUUGCUGAUUAUAUAAUUUACCAUCAUUAUGAUGCUUAAAUGCCAUGGAGAUAAACAAUUUUCAGUUGUUAUAAAACACUUCAGUACUUUAAAUUUAGUGAAAAAACUUUAUGGAGGGGAUGCUUGCUGAAGAGUAGAUAUCAACACUGUUUUUGGGCAAAGAAUUCAAAAUGGCCACCCAAACUUUGGUUCGACUGUGUUUGGGUUGCACUUCGGUAUGGUAUUUGCUCUGUCACAACAUCCUUGUUCCAAGACUUAGCCUCAGUUUUGGAGACGCAAGAGGAUCAUAGGGUUUAUUGAACCCUGAUGUUUAGCAAUUGAUACAGUAAUUGAAACUAUAUCUUGGGUUAGCUAGGAUCCACACUGUAAUCUCUAUCAUACAAGACUUUCACAAUCUUUAUCACCCUCUCAUCUUUAAAACUUGACCAGAUAAUUUUGCUGCUGUUUAUCCAAGCUCCCAUUAACCAGACACCAUAUCAAGCACUAAUACCUGCUCACAGAAACAUCUGUUUAUUAUCUACACCUAUUGCAGCAAUAUCACUAUGUUAUUUUAUGAUCUUGUGAAAAUUUUGGGAGGGUUUCAUUUGUUCUUACUCUAAUGACUAUUGGCUUGUUGUGUCUGUUAAAAUGUUGAUUUUAAAAAGGAAGACUUUGGCUUGAGCAAGUCUUUAAUUGAGCUGCAUUAAGAAGUGAUUACUGCCAUUAUAUUUCCGAUUUACAUGUAGCUGUAAGGGGUAUUUGGAUGUAUUAUUAGGAGACAAAGAUAAUUUGGGGCACAUAUCCAGUCAAGAUGCUGUGUAUUUUAGCGUCCAUCAUUUUGUAAAUAUAUUUGAAAUUUUAAAGGCUCCUACCAACAUGGGAAGGUGCUCAAAGAAGUUGCAUGCCACACCAGCUACAGGUUCCCGAGAAAUCGGCGACUAUCUGUCCUGAGUCCUAAGCAGGCAUUCUUCUAAGCGAGUGGCUGCGCCUGUGGAGGAAUCUUCAUCCUCGGAAGAGCAGGUGUUGGAUGCAUCUGGUGACUUGCCCUCAUCGGGCUUUUACCACCCUUCCUCGCACAAGGAAGACACAAUUCCCUUCACUAAGUGAGACAUUAAAGCUUUUCUCAGGGACCUGAAGCAGAUACUAGCAACGGAGGUGGGGAAGGUCCAGAAAGAGAUACACAAACUCGGAGGCCACAUGACAUCGGUGGAGAGAGAAGUUAGGGACCCUACAGAUUACCACACUGAAACCACUGAAACCCUGUCUGGCCUUCAAGGGACUUAUGAGGCUAUAUAUAUAUAUAUAUAUAUAUAUAUAUAUAUAUAUACAACUACUGUUGGACAUAGGAUUAUUUUGGGUGUUGCUUGUGCAUUCAUAACCCCAGAGUGCAUAACUUCUCAUUUAUCUACAUUAAAUUUCAUAUGCCAUUUGAGUGCCCAGACUACUAAUCUAUCAUAAUCCCUCUGCAGCAAAUUAAUAUCCUGUUCUCUGAAAAGAAAUUAAGCUUUAGUGGUUCUGAUGACUAUAGUGUCCCUUUAACAUGGUUUGAGGCUCAGUACUUUGGGGUUGCAGCGACCUUGUGAGGGUCAUAUCUAGCCUUUAUCUGCACUUAUUGAUAGAAGAGAGUUAAGAACCUUUUAUUCAUUUAAAUAAGAAUGGGAAAGGAUCCUGAAUACAUCCUUCAUGGACAACAGUGAGCUAAUGCCUUUCUUCUACAUCAGAAGAAUUUUAUCAGUUCCAAGUACCAGAAAGUCAACUACAAAUUACUUUCCCUUUGGUACUACACCCCUGAAUCUUUUUACAGGAUUUCCCCUUGUAUUUCCCUUAACUGCUAUAGGGGCGAAGGGUAGUUAGGAUUUAUACAACAUAUGGUGGGAUUUCCAACUUAUUAAACCAUUUUUGCAAAUGAAUAGGGAUACUCUCUCACUGAUAUUUUCGAGACACCACCUUUAUUUGCAUUUGAAAACAUUCUGCUUAACAAUACUCCUGUUCCCAUGUCUAAAUGUAAAAAAAUAUAUAUUUUUAUUGCAUGCAGCAAAGUCACUUGUGCCUGCCCCAUGGAAAUGCCCCGAAGCGCUGAAGUACCCACUAAACAGCAUUGGUUGUCUAGGGUGGAAGAAAUUCAGUAUGUAAUGCAUAGCUGCUUGGACAUGACAUAUGACUUAAUGGAGAAUGAAGAACAGGAACAGUCGAAGGCUCUACAUAUUUUUAUUAGGUGUCUAGAAAUGUAGGAAGCACUUCAAAACUUUGCAGUAGAUGAUAAAAUGCAACAUAGUCCUUCACACUCUAAAGGUGUUUACUGUGUUUACUUGCCUUUAUUAGGUGUACAAAAAUACUAGACUAAAUUUAGGGUCAAAAUAGAAAGAAAGUAUGUUAAUAAUACAAUAAAGUGCCCGGUACUGUAUCUAAAACAACACUAUUAAAACAACAACCUGAAGCACUAAAAACUAAACAAUGGUUGUCUCGGGUGGAAGCAAUGAAGGUCUCUGAAGCCUUGAUAGCAUCUCUAGCAAAUAACAAUGCUAAACAUACCGAACUGGGGUACCCCUGAAAUCCAUGUAUGUCCAGAGGGAAUGCUUGGUACUAGGUUCUGUAGACACUAUAUCAUGACCUCUUCCAUUAUGUUUGGGUUUGCAACUCAGUAAGCAGUGUGUUCUCCCUGUCUUGUGUUCUUAAACCGGGGCUUCCUGAUUGGGUGAAUACCCAAAGCCAGGAACAUUGUCACCUGCCCUCCAACAAGUUUGGCACACUUACUGGGCAGUGCUCAUAAACAGUGUUCACAGGAAAUUGUUGGAGAUGGCAGCUUCUCUCUUUUAUUGUAUUCUACCAUCUUUUCAACCUAAGUAUCUUUACUGUGUGUGGAAAUUGAAAAGUCUUGAAAUAAAGAUUGUCAAAAAAAUAAAACCUGCGUUGCUUAUGAGACCUCUUCAAGUAUGUGACAAUCAAUCAAGUCAAUACAAGGGAAUUAUUAUUAUUAUCAUCAUCAUCAUCUUUUGAUGUUGUUGGUAUAAUAUUUGAAAAUGUGGUUAAAAUGUGCAUAUUCAUUUGUUAUGCACAACCUGACAGCUACACAGGUGGCUCAAAAAAACUAAAGUACUCAAAAAACAUGUACUUUUUAUAAUUAGUACAUUUAUGGUACUGCUCUCACCCAUGUGAACACUAUUCCUGCUUUUAUUGGAGUAAAUGAGGCAGCAGAGUUAAUUAAAAAAACUUACUUACAUGUUGCUCCAUGAUGUUUUUGGGUGGCCUCAUGCACCCUCAGGCAUCUACGUAGAAAUUCUGUACAAGCACACGUCUAUAGCAUUUUCUUCAGCAUUGCUGUACGAGUGCUUGCACUGUGCGUAUAGGCACUUCAAAAGUUAAUUAAUUUAUAUGUAAAUUUAAAAAAAAAAUUAAACUAGUGAGGUUGUUUUUUCUUUUAAAUGGCACAAAUAGUAGCUAGCUUUGAGUUGGUGACAGUGCCUCUUGAAAUAUUGCGUUUAUAUUUAUUUUGUGUAUAUGAAUUUGUGUAGCACAUGAUAAUAGUCCUCCACAAACAGUAAUAUAUAUUGUACAUACUGAAAAUAAAGAUUGUGGGGGAAGAACCUUAGCUCAGGAACAUAUAUCAAAAUGUGAAUGGUUUACUACUCUAGUGACAACGAGGUCUGUCCUUGUUGUCAUGGUAGGUGGAUAUUUUGAUAUUCAGCUCAUCCAUUUGCCCAGUAGGACUCAUUAUGGACCUGUAAGACCUUCUCCUGGUCUACACUCUGUGUUUCUGCCUUGUUCUUGUCAUUAUUCAUGACGACCAGUGACAUGUGUUGCAGCCACUGCUCUACAGUGACCUGUCUCCUAUUUAUAGCACAAUGCCAAGGCAUCAGCUUUCUGUCUACUCCAAAGACUGCUCAAUCUGAGUGUUAUUUUCUACAUCUUCAUUGCCAUAAGACUCAGAAUAAAAAAAUAAGCUGAGAAUAACUAUAGCUAUACUAUAACUAUGAAGACAAGUAAACACAAUAAACACUUUUAGAGUUUUAAAGUUUUUAAGUGCUUCUGACAUUACAGACACCUAAUACAAAUAUAUACAGCCUUCGACUGUUCCUAUUCCUCUAUAUCUUUCAUAUGAAGUCAGAUGUCAUGUUCAAGCAGCUGUGCAUUACUUAGCAUGUAAAUCAUUGCUGUUUCAGUGAAGGGGCACAGUUUGCAUUUGGUCUUAAAGGUACACUAUAAUGUUAGGUGAACAAACAUGUAUAGUUUUAAUCUAUCUAUUCUGGUUUCGUUGUCCCCCGAACCGUGGGAGGGUUUAAAGGGUGAGUCUUGCCGCCCUGUUUCUUUGGCUGGCCAAUCAGAUGGUCUAUAUGAGAUUAUCUGAUUGAACAGCCGAGUUGAAGUCCGCUAUUGUGGUGGAAGUGCCUCUAGUGUCUGUCUGGAAGACAGCCACUAGAGGUAGGUUAACCCUGCAAUGUAAGCAUUGCCAUUCCUGCAGAAUGGCAAUGUUUUCAGUUGCAGGGUUAAAACUACAUGGAUGUGGCAACCAGACCAGUUAAUCGAGAUGAAAUGAUAUAGGUGCCUAUAGAGCUGAAGAGGUGUUUAUAGAGCUGAAGAGGUGCUCCCUUAUUGAAAACUUUCAACAAUUUUUGAAAGUCUUCACUCAUGGCAUUGCCAAUACUAUGAACACUUCUCACAAAGAAAAUUUAAUUUAGAUGCUUUUCUAUGAGAAGAAUGGCAAUGGCUGAGAGUGGCAAUCAUGCCCCGUAGGGCACCAUUGCUUCACUAAGAUCAUCUUGGCAAAUAAACUCAGAAUAGGAGGAACCAGGUGAAAACUGCCCAGAGAUUUGAUAUUGCAUUAGAUUCUGUCGGUCUAGGAAUGCCAGAAUUGUCAUUAGGCUGUUCUAUAUGCUCUUGCAUAAAGAGACACUUCAGGCAUCAAUAAAGCUUUAAUGUAUUUGAUUAAUAUGCUGUAUAUUCUGCCUGCUCAAAACUAUGGUUAUGCAAGCUGUUUUUAGAUAUAUCCCCAAUGAAAAAAAUGCAUAGUUAAAUGUCUCUUUAAUGUUAAAUAAUUAUGAUGUAUCAUAAUUGCUAUGUUUUAUUCUACCCCUCUAAAAUAUUGAAUUCAUUAUUUGUAAGCACCUUGUAGGUAUAUUGGUGGCUCCUGACUUGUUCCUGAUUGUAGACUUGUUUGUACUUGUUUAAUAUACAUUAUAUCAGGGUUUAUCCCAGAGUUUACAGUUAUACAGAUAUGUCUUUAAUGUGUGAUACAUUUUCAUGUUUUCCAUUAAUAUAUCUGGCCAUUGUGUUUCAGUGGAGAUUAUUUGUAUUUAUGAUAUUCCUUGUUUUGUUAUGUCCAUUUAAGGUGCUGUGAAUCUUUCCCGUCGUAGUCCAGUGGCAUCAUGGCUCUGUGCAAUGCUAUACUGUUUUGGGAGUUAUAUCCUUGCAGAUGUCCUCCUGGGAGAUUCUCCUAUUCAUUAUUUCAGCAAUAAUGCCAACAUACUUCUGGCGUCAGCUGUUUGGUAAGUGGAUUUAUGGCUGCUCACAGUCAGCAUGAUAAUGGCUUUGGCAUAAUCAUUGAUUUGAAUAGAUGGUACUAACAAUACCCUUUUACAUCAAACUCAAACAUUAUUAAACUAAAACUAUGGUGUAAUAGUAACAAUAUAAUAAAAUAUACAGUAUACAGUUUGUGGCUCAGCUCACUUCGGGGAGGAGAGCGAGCUCAGUCCAAUAAAGACCCAGAGAAACUGGGAUGAAUCUAAUGAAGGUAAUUUACAGUUGCAAGAAAAAGUAUGUGAAUCCUUUGGAAUGAUAUGGAUUUCUGCACAAAUUGGUCAUAACGUGAUCUGAUCAUCAUCUAAGUCACAACAAUAGACAAUCACAGUCUGCUUAAACUAAUAACACAAAGAAUGAAAUGUUGCCACGUUUUUAUUGAACACACCAUGUAAACAUUCACAGUGCAGGUGGAAAAAGUAUGUGAACCCCUAGACUAAUGACAUCUCCAAGAGCUAAUUGGAGUGAGAUGUCAGCCAACUGGAGUCCAAUCAAUGAGAUGAGAUUGGAGGUGUUGGUUACAGCUGCCCUGCCCUAUAAAUAAACACACACUAGUUCUGGGUUUGCUUUUCACAAGAAGCAUUGCCUGAUGUGAAUGAUUCCUCGCACAAAAGAGCUCUCAGAAGACCUACGAUUAAGAAUUGUUGACUUGCAUAAAGCUGGAAAGGGUUAUAAAAGUAUCUCCUUGCUGUUCAUCAGUCCACGGUGAGACAAAUUGUUUAUAGAUGGAGAAAGUUCAGCACUGCUGCUACUCUCCCUACGAGUGGCCGUCCUGUAAAGAUGACUGCAAGAGCACAGCGCAGACUGCUCAAUGAGGUGAAGAAGAAUCCUAGAGUGUCAGCUAAAGACUUACAAAAGUCACUGGCAAAUACUAACAUCCCUGUUAGCGAAUCUACAAUACGUAAAACACUAAACAAGAAUGGAUUUCAUGGGAGGAUACCACAGAGGAAGCCACUGCUGUCCAAACAAAACAUUGCUGCACGUUUACAGUUUGCACAAGAGCACCUGGAUGUUCCACAGCAGUACUGGCAAAAUAUUCUGUGGACAGAUGAAACCAAAGUUGAGUUGUUUGGAAGAAACACACAACACUAUGUGUGGCGAAAAAAAGACAUAGCACACCAACAUCAAAACCUCUUCCCAACUGUGAAGUAUGGUGGUGAGGGCAUCAUGGUUUGGGGCUGCUUUGCUGCGUCAGGGCCUGGACGGAUUGCUAUCAUCGAAGGAAAAAUGAAUUUCCAAGUUUAUCAAGACAUUUUGCAGGAGAACUUAAGGCCAUCUGUCUACCAACUGAAGCUCAACAGAAGAUGGGUGUUGCCACAGGACAAUGACCCAAAGCAUAGAAGUAAAUCAACAACAGAAUGGCUUAAACAGAAGAAAAUACGCCUUCUGAAGUGGCCCAGUCAGAGUCCUAACCUCAACCCGAUUGAGAUGCUGUGGCAUGACCUCAAGAAAGCGAUUCACACCAGACAUCCAAAGAAAAUUGCUGAACUGAAACAGUUCUGUAAAGAGGAAUGGUCAAGAAUUACUCCUGACCGUUGUGCACAUCUGAUCUGCAACUACAGGAAACGUUUGGUUGAAGUUAUUGCUGCCAAAGGAGGUUCAACCAGUUAUUAAAUCCAAGGGUUCACAUACUUUUCCACCUGCACUGUGAAUGUUUACAUGGUGUGUUCAAUAAAAACAUGGCAACAUUUCAUUCUUUGUGUGUUAUUAGUUUAAGCAGAUUGUGAUUGUCUAUUGUUGUGACUUAGAUGAUGAUCAGAUCACAUUUUAUGACCAAUUUGUGCAGAAAUCCAUAUCAUUCCAAAGGGUUCACAUACUUUUUCUUGCAACUGUAUAUAACUGAUUUUGAUAUAUAUUUGUCCAUCUAGAGACAAAUGACUUGGCUUGCAAUGAGGUUUCAGAGGUUAAGGAAGUUUUUAGUGUUUUUGCCAAUGAUAUACGGCAGGUUGCUUCCACACUGUCAUUCUCUGAAGUUCUGCCUGUGCAUAACACUCAGAACGACAGGCGGAUGCGUAUUAGGGACUUUAAUUUGUGGCUUGGUGAAUGGUGUAGGGAGCAAGGAUUUGGCUUUAUUUCUCAUGGUAGCUCUGUUUGGAAUGGAGAUAAGCUGUACAAAAAAGAUGGUUUGCAUCUUUCUCAAAAGGGAACAAAUGUUCUCAGUGAGCAGUUCAGAGGUUUUGCUAGGAUGUAUUUAAACUAGGAGAGGGGGGCAAAAGGGUGAUAAAACAUCAAUCCAAUUGUCCCCCAAAACAAGGACAGAAGGUGCCUGUAGCAAGUGUGUUAAAAAUGAUAAGCUUAGAGUCAUGUCUACAAAUGCUCGCAGUUUAGGGAAUAAGAUCCAUGAACUUGUGGCAAUAAUGGCAACUGAUAGUGUAGAUUUAGUCGCUGUUACUGAGACAUGGUAUAAUGAGAAAAAUGACUGGGACAUAGCAAUACCAGGGUACUCUUUAUAUAGAAAAGACAGUGAAGGCAAGAAAGGGGGAGGGGUGGCCCUAUAUGUAAAGGAUAGCAUAAAAUCUAGCCUAAUAAAAGUUAGUGAGGCGAACAUAGAGUCCGUUUAGGUUAUGUUAGAAUUUGGUAAUCACACAGUAACUCGUGUAGGUGUGAUUUAUAGGCCCCCAGGACAAAUUGAAGAGUUAGAUAAUCUACUAGUUGAAGAAAUAGCUAAAAUGACAAUGAAGGGGGAAGUUAUCAUCAUGGGUGACUUUAAUCUUCCUGAUGUGAAUUGGAAAACAAAAAUAGCUACUUGUGCCACAUAUUCUAAACUCCCUACUGGGAUUGUCUCUAAAACAAGUCGUUGAGGAGCCAACUCGUAAAAAGGCCAUACUAGAUUUAGUGUUAACAAAUGGAGAUUUGGUAUCAGAUAUUACUGUAGGUGAAAGUUUAGGAUCCAGUGAUCAUCAUUCAGUGUGGUUUAAUAUAAGAACAGUGACUGAGUCACACCACACAAAAACAAAAGUUUAAGACUGUAGAAAACCAGACUUUUCUGAAAUUAGAAUAUGUGUAAAGGAGUCAUUAUCAGACUGGAGCAAUUUAAAUAGAGUCCAAGAGAAAUUGGAUUAUUUAAAAGUUGCACUACUGAAGGCAACAGAAAAUUGCAUUAGGCUUGUCAGUAAAAGCAAAAAAUUCAAGAAACCACUGUGGUACUCCGCAGAUGUGGCCAAAAUAGUAAAAAAACUAAAAGUUAGCAUUUAGUAAUUAUAAAAAAACCCAGAGUGAGGAAGACAGAAUGAUCUAUAAGAUUAGGCAGAAAGAGGCUAAGCAAGUUAUAAGAGUUUCCAAAUCACACACAGAAGAGAAAAUAGCACCGUCAGUAAAAAAGGGGGACAAAACUUUUUUUAGAUACAUAAAUGAGAAAAGAAAAGUAAAACAAGGAUUAGUUAGAUUAAAAACAAAAGAAGGAAGGUAUGUAGAAGGGGAUAAAGGUCUAGCUGACUGCCUCAAUUCAUAUUUUUGUUUGGUAUUUACAACUGAAAAAAAAGGAAAGGGACCUCAGUUAAGAAAAAGGAUAAAUGAGUAAUUUAUUACACGUGAGUUUACACAGGAAGAGGUUCUAUUUCAACUGUCAAAAGUAAAGACAAAUAAGUCAAUGGGACCUGAUGCUAAGCUAUUAAAAGAGAUUAGUGGUGUACCAGCAAAACCAUUAACAGAUUUAUUUAACCAAUCAUUGUUAACAGGAGUAGUCCCAGAAGAUUGGAAGUUAGUGCCCAUUCACAAGAAAGGUAAUAGGGAGGAGUCGGGUAACUAUAGGCCAGUAAGCCUUACUUCAGUAGUGGGGAAAGUGAUGGAAACCAUGUUAAAGGAUAGGAUUGUUGACCAUCUAAAAACACAUGGAUUUCAAGAUCAGAGACAACAUGGGUUUACUUCAGGGAGAUCAUGCCAAACUAAUCUUAUUGAUUUUUUUGAUUUGGUAACUAAAAUUAUAGAUCAGGGUAGUGCAGUAGACAUUGCUUACCUAGAUUUCAGUGAGGCUUUUGACACUGUUGCACAUAGAAGGCUUAUCAAUAAACUGCAAUCUUUAAGUUUGGAUUCCAAUAUUGUUGAAUGGGUAAGGCAGUGGCUGAGUGACAGGCAACAGAGGGUUGUAGUCAAUGGAGUAUAUUCGAAGCUUGGGCUUGUCACCAGUGGGUUACCUCAGGGAUCUGUACUUGGACCCCUUCUCUUUAAUAUUUUUAUUAGUGAUAUUUCAGAAGGUCUUGAUGGUAAGGUAUGUAUUUUUGCUGAUGAUACUAAGAUAUGUCGCAGGGUUGAUGUUCCAGGAGGGAUAAGCCAAAUGGCAAAUAAUUUAGGUAAACUAGAAAAAUGGUCAGAGUUGUGGCAACUGACAUUUAAUGUGGAUAAGUGCAAGAUAAUGCAUCUUGGACGUAAAAACCCAAGGGCAGAGUACAGAAUAUUUGAUAGAGUCCUAACCUCAACAUCUGAGGAAAGGGAUUUAGGGGUGAUUAUUUCUGAUGACUUAAAGGUAGGCAGACAAUAGAGCAGCAGGAAAUGCUAGCAGAAUGCUUGGUUGUAUAGGGAGAGGUAUUAGCAGUAGAAAGAGGGAAGUGCUCAUUCCAUUGUACAGAACACUGGUGAGACCUCACUUGGAGUAUUGUACACAGUACUGGAGACCGUAUCUUCAGAAGGAUAUUGAUACCUUAGAGAGGGUUCAGAGAAGGGCUACUAAACUGGUUCAUGGAUUGCAGGAUAAAACUUACCAGGAAAGGUUAAAGGAUCUUAACAUGUAUAACUUGGAGGAAAGACGAGACAGGGGGGAUAUGAUAGAAACAUUUAAAUACAUAAAGGGAAUCAAAACAGUAAAGGAGGAAACUAUAUUUAAAAGAAGAAAAACUACCAUAACAAGAGGACAUAGUCUUAAAUUAGAGGGAGAAAGGUUUAAAAAUAAUAUCAGGAAGUAUUACUUUACUGAGAGGGUAGUGGAUGCAUGGAAUAGCCUUCCAGCUGAAGUGGUAGAGGUUAAAACAGUAAAGGAGUUUAAGCAUGCGUGGGAUAGGCAUAAGGCUAUCCUAACUAUAAGAUAAGGCUAAUGAAAGUAUUUAGAAAAUUAGGCAGACUAGAUGGGCCGAAUGGUUCUUAUCUGCCGUCACAUUCUAUGUUUCUAUGUUUUUAUGAAGGACAACCCCACAUGCUCUAGGCAGGCGGGCUAGCUCCCAACCCUCCCCCCACGCCACUUUCUACUCCACUUAACCAUCUCCCACCACCUUCUCUUCCCCCCUAUUUCUUGUUUGUCUCUUUGACUUUUUAAUUUUUCGCUACGGUGACUGCAUCUUCUAUCUUUCCCCUCCUCCUUUCCCACCUCAUGCUACAUGGAGCAAGCUAGGACACUGUUUCUAUUAUUCUUGUACAAUCAUAUACAUUACAUUGACACUUAGCAUGCAUUCUAGACAGAUUCCUUGCCACUUCCUGAUGCUUACAAUAUUGACCUUAUUAUACCUUGUUAUAGGGACCUCUGUGUCUAAUAUAUUUGUUCCACUUACGAACGUACUACUGAAUGUUGCAACUGCCUCACAAACAUAUUGCUGUUCUGUUACAUGGAAACAAUCAGUAUACUGUCCCUGCUGUUAUUGCAAAAUGUUACAAGGAUACUUAGCCUGAUACUUAGCCUGAAUUAUAGGACCCGUAUUGGCUGCAAUAUGCUGCUUAAUCUGUUACCAUGCACAAGCCAUUGAGACCUGCGUGUCUAAUUUAUCUGCUGCAAUCUCAACCGUAAUGUUGACAAUUAUAACCUUGUUCAAAAAACAGCUUUUUGAACUAAUGUUAUAAUUGAAGAAUGGUUGAUAUUCUAAUUAUAUAUACAGUUGCAAUCAAAAUUAUUCGACCCCCAUUGAAAAUCAGGUUAAUUGUCAAAAUUUACAGAAUUUCAGCUGUUUGCAAUGAACAAAUCAAACAAAAGCAAUUGUAACGAAACUUCAAGUGGUCUCCCUGAAGUUCAACCUAAAAUGCAACUUAUAAUGACUUCUCCAGUCCAAAAUUAUUCAAGACUUUUAGACGCACCCCAUUCACAAUUCUACAAUAUACAGAGAAUACCUUUUUAUUUGGUCUCAAUUGCAAACACAUUUUCUCAAAAGGAGAUAGGGCAGGUCUGACAACUGAUGACUCAAAUUUGCUUUCAUGCUGUACAAUAGGGCUUUAAGUUGCAAAUAGGAGACUCUGGUGUAACUAACCAGUUUAAACUGGGUUUACAGUUCAGCAUAUGGUUUCAGUGAGCCAUUAGGGAAAAGUUGGUCCAAGUGAGUAACUCCCUCUGUGGACCAGGGUUUAUGAUUACAGGUCGGCAAGCCUAUUGAGAUUGAAUGCAGUGGUGCAGCCAAUGAUAUAGUGGAAUAUCCACAAAAGGUAUCUUGUAGAAGAUCCCACGUAUUAAGUAUCAGUUUUGUGGGAGGUUACAUUUUGCAGGGGGCCUUAUAUGACAAGGAAGUCAAAAGAGGUGGUGUAAGCCUCUUUGUAUAGUCCAAUAGGCCUUUACCUCCACCCACUGAGAGACUGUGGAUUGCAAUUGGGUAGAGAUAGCAGUACUCAUAAAAGGUGUUCGGUAAUAAGCUUUUAGAUUUGGCAGACCUAGUUCCCCCUGCUUAAGUCCCUUUAAUAUUUUUAGCAAAAUCUUUUUUAAAAAUGCAAAUAUAACUAAAUGUAACCCACGGACAAGACACAAUGAUCAAACAGGCUCAAGAACAGAAACAGUAAAAAUAAAUGAUUUUUAUAUCAUUGAAAUCUUCUUGUUAUAACAUCAUAUUUAAAAGAGGGAUAUAUUUGAACAAAGAAACAUGUAAUUAAAAUGAAAUAGCUGUCAUUACACACAGUCUUUCAACAGUCACAUUGUAAUUCAAACAUGCAACUAUAACCCCAAUUCUAAAGAAGCCCAACCUUAACCCUAACUCCCCGUCCAACUACCGUCCUAUCUCACUACUGCCUUUUGUGUCCAAGAUCCUUGAAAGAGUUGUGUAUGCGAGAUUGACAGACUUCCUUGAGUCCAACUCUCUGUUAGACCCUCUUCAGUCUGGUUUUCACGCUAAGCACUCUGAGGAAACGGCACUGACCAAAGUAUGCAAUGAUCUACUCGCUGUAAAAUUUCGUGGUUACUACUCUAUCCUAAUUCUCCUUGACCUUUCUGCAGUUUCUGACACUGUUGAUCAUCAACAGCUUCUUCUCAUUCUCCGCAAUAUUGGUCUACAAGAUAUUGCUCUCUCCUGGUGCUCCUCCUACCUCUCCCAGCGCUCUUUCAGUGUUUUUUUCUCUGGCUCUGCUUCUUCUCCCCAACUCCCCUCUCUUGGUGUCCCCCAAGGUUCAGUCCUUGGUCCCCUACUGUUCUCCAUCUAUACUGCCUCCCUUGGUAAACUCAUUAGCUCCUUUGGCUUCCAAUAUCAUUUCUAUGCGGAUGACACGCAAAUCUAUCUGCCCUCUCCUGAUCUCUCCCCGUCCCUCUUGACUAGUGUCUCUGACUGCCUCUCUGCUAUUUCUAACUGGAUGGCUGCCCACUUCCUUAAACUCAACUUGACCAAAACUGAAAUUCUGGUCUUUCCUCCCUCAAGUGUUGCUACUCCGGUGUCUGUCUCCCUCCAAGUCAACAGUGCUAACAUCAGCUCCACCACUCAGACUCCCUGCCUAGGUGUUCUCUUUGACUCUGACUUACCCUUCACGCCUCAUGUUCAGUCUAUCGCCAAAUCCUGCCGCUUCCAUCUCAAAAACAUUGUGCGCAUCCAACCCUACUUAACGCCAGAUGCGACUAAGGUGCUGGUCCAUUCCACUGUGCUUUCUCGCCUUGACUACUGUAAUCCACUUCUCAGUGGUCUUAUGUGCUCCCAACUUGCAUCGUUACAGUCCAUAAUGAAUGCGGCGGUCCCUGUAAGGGCUCCAUUUAAAAUCCUGGUUCUUGCUUUCUAAUCUCGACAUAAUGCUGCUCCCACCUAUCUAUCCUCUCUAAUACACAAGUAUGUCCCAUCUAGAUCCUUACGUUCUGCUGCAGACUUACGUCUAUCUUCUGUUCGUACUCCCACCUAUGAUGCUCGCCUUCAAGACUUUUCGAGGGCUGCACCAUUGCUGUGGAGAUCACUUCCCUCCUCCGUUAGUUGCUCACCCUGUGUGCACUCCUUCAAAAAAUCAUUAAAACCCCACUUCUUCAUAAAAGCGCAUCAAUUAAACUGUUAAGAGCUCCCGACUAAUUCCUCUCUUGCAGCUGUCAUUAUCUAAUACUAUCCGUACCUUUUGUGCUUGGAUAUUGACUGACACUACGACCCAGUCUGUUGAUGGGAUGUUAACUAAUGUACAUAUUUCACUUUAAAUGAAAUCCUAGCUAUACGUUGUCUGAGCGUUAUUAAACUGUAGUCCUGUAACUAAAUUGUACUUUUCUUUUUUUAAUUGUCUCUGUUGUAGGUACCUGAUGUUUUUCUGCCCCCUUAAUCUGUUUUACAAGUGUGUUAGCUUUCUGCCAGUGAAACUCAUCUUUGUCGCUAUGAAGGAAGUAGUCCGGGUCCGUAAGAUUGCUAUAGGAAUCCAUCAUGCUCACCACCAUUAUCACCAUGGAUGGGUCGUUAUGGUGCUGAUUGGAUGGGUGAAAGGUGCGUCUGAACACCAGUAACAAGUAGAAAAUGUCCCCAAAAUUGUAUUAAAGUAUGGUCCAGGUACUCAGGGUCUUGUGCAGUAGUUUUAUUAUUAUUAUUUUAACUCAUGUGGGAAAAGAAAAAACUAAAUUAAUUAAUACAUGAUUUAAAAAAAAGGAAAAAAACAAUCUAAUAUAAUAAAGACGAGUUAAAUCUCACCUGUUCUAUUUUAUAAAGGUGCUCUCCCAAACUACAGGUACCGACCGAGAUUUAUUUGUAGUAACGGUAGCCUCUGGGGGACUGUCAGGAUACACUAAUAUGCCAAACACGCAGAACUUAAGUAAAAAUAAAAAAAACACUAAGGCGUAUUACCGGGCCUUAGAACGGCCAGAUUUAAUGUAUAAAAUGAAAAGCACAAGCAGGGCCGGACUGGCCCACCGGGAUACCGGGAAAUUUCCCGGUGGGCCGCGGCAUCUGGGGGCUGCGCAGGUAGGUGCCACCGGGUGGCUGGUCCGGUGGCACACUCAGAGGGGGCCCGCCGCGUUCCUCCCAUACAAACAUUGGCCCACACACACACACAGCCACCCAUACACACAUUGCCCCACACACCCUACACACCCUUUCACACAAACUGCACCCCUCACACAUUGCACAACUGCUCCUAUACCCUACUACAGCCCCAUAUCCCAGCAGACCCCAGGUAAGUUGUCAAACUGUUCUUAAAUGGUUUGACUACUUACUCUAGGAGCGGGUCCUGGCACUCCUGGCACCAUAACCACUACACAGAGCAGUAGUGGUUAUUGUGCAUGGAUUAUUUCUUUAAAUAAUCUAUAAGUGCCCCUCCCGAAAUCAGGCUCUGGAUCUGCCACUGGUAUAUAUAUAUAUAUAUAUAUAAUGUAUAUUAAUGUGUGUAUUAGUUAUAUAUAUAUAUAUAUAUAUAUAUAUAUAUAAAAUUAUGCCUAUUAUAUUUACACAUAUAUUAAUGUACAUUUAUAUAUGCAUAAUACACAGAGAAAUGUCAUUGAUAUGUACCAUAUGUAAUGAGCAGAUAUUGGCCCAGUCUUGUUGCUAGAUGCAUACUCCAGCACAAUAACAUAUUUAAAGUGAAGAGCGCACCACAGGACUUUAAAAUAAACAAGAUAACGUAAUUUUUUACAGUUGUGCCCUACAUACAUUCGCCAUUUCAGUCCCAUUACCAAGCUUUCCUUAAUAUGUCAUGGUAGUUGGACUGAAACAUUGGUUAUAUGCAAAGGCAUGUCUGCUUAAAAUAAAUCUGCACUCUUUUGAAGCCUAUAUGUGCUUUUUUCACGUUGGAGUAAUAAUUUUAAAUUUUUAAUUCUCUUUUCUAACUCUGUAUCUGCACACUAAAUAAUUUAUUUCCAGGGCUGCUUUUAAUUCCCAGUCCGGCCCUGAGCACAAGACAGGCUGAGGUCAGGAAAACGGUAGGUAAGCCAAAGGUCAAUGAAUACAGAAGUCAGAAUAGUCAGGAGCCAUGCCAAAGUUCAAGGGAUACAGAGAUCAGAAUAGUCAGUAAGAAAGCCAAGGUCAAAAUACACAAGAAACAAUACCAGAAACGCGCUUUUGGAUAACCAGAAUGGAAACCACGACCGAGCACAGAGAAAUGGACAAAAAAGGUUUAAAUAGCCUAAGGUACUCCUUGAUUGGCUGCAGAGUAGCAUAUGAGUGGUUAUACACUUAAGGGAUAAUUAAGAACCUUAAAAGGUUCUUACUUGCACUGUCCAGCAUCUCUAAUGUUUACAGACCCGGCCGCUGUGUGAGGAGAGGAGUGCCUGUCAGUGAGGCCAGCGGGUGCCGCAGGAGGAGGUGAGUAAUUGGCGGCAUUGCCAUGUGGGAAUGCUGCCGCAACAGGAUGCACCCGCUAGGUCCCUGUCCGCUCUCUGGCAGGAGCGGACCCGGCAGGUGUUGUGACCAGAGGUAAGUACUCGGUGGCAUUCCUCUUGCGAUGUGGGAAUACCGCGGCCAGCCGGGUCCCAAACGCUUUCUGGCAGAAGCGGACCUGGUGGGUGGCGUGACUGGGACAAAGUUUGUAAGUCACAUGUGACGUACGAGCUUUGUCCACCAGAGGCAUAAUAAUCGCGUAAUAAUCUAUUGCUUAAUUGUAUGCCUUAUAUAAAUUGUUCAUGUUGCAUUUUGGAGAUCGAACCGUUGCACUUUGAUUCUGUUUUCCAAUAAAACUGCUGCACAAGACCCUGAGUGCCUAGACCAUACUUUUGUUUUAUUUUUGGAAUAGGAGGUGAGCCAGCUCCAGGUCUGGAAGCACCGGGACCAUUAUAAGAGUGUGUAUUCAUCUCUUUUGUGGUUAUUUGUUACCCAAAAUUGUAUAGACAAUGUUGUGUUUGUUCACUGUAAUACUAUUUACAAAGUAAUUUAUUGUUCACCAGUCCAGCCUUUGUUAACAUCCAAUGCACAUACUGGUUUUUUUUCAGGUUCGGGAGUAGCCCUGAUGUCUAACUUGGAACAACUUUUACGUGGCGUCUGGAAGCCAGAGACCAAUGAGAUUCUCCAUAUGUCAUUGUGAGUGUGUACCUUGUUAUAAUGAGCUUCUGAUUGUUCUGCAACAUUUGAAACCAGAUUGAUAUACAAUGUUAUGUCUCCUUACAGCCCAACUAAGGCCAGUCUUUAUGGAGCUAUCCUGUUUACUCUCCAACAGUCCCACUGGCUACCCAUCUCCAAAGCCAACUUAAUCUUCUUCUUUACUCUCUUUAUGGCUUCUUGUAAGGUAUGGUUCACAUUUCAUGGUGCUUCCCAUCCACCCUUUUCAUGUUUACUCUUUUAUUGUCUCAUGCUGUAGUGGUUAUGUUCUUUUAACGUUUGAAAACACUAGAAUAUGUUAUGUUUGUUUUUUUAUCAUUUUGUCAUAAGAAUUAGGAAAAAGUUCAUGUCAUUCUAUAUUUUUAGGAACUUACAGUUGCUAUAUGCUGUUUGCUAAAAUUUCAGUCCCGUAGAUCCCAUUUUAGAACCUUGGAGCUUUGGAAGAAUUUUGUGUGUACUGUAUAUAAAUGGUCUUUUACAUCUUCUGGAAAAAAACAUAAUUUUUUCCUAUUUAUGUUUGAAUACCAGAGGUGUGAGCAUGUCUGUGAAAUAAACAUAUUAUUGUCUCUUCACUUAUACAUAAGAUUGAACCAAUCUCAUGUCCAAAUUAACAGCUUCCUUUUCUUGCUUUGUUCAGAUCUUCAUGACCGCAACUCAUUCCCAUGGAUCUCCAUUUGCCCCACUUGAAGCUUUCAUUUGCCCUUUCCUCUUUGGUAACCCUAAUGGUGACCAUGAUGAUCAUGGUGACCACCACCAUCACCAUGACGACCAUGAUGUGUCCCACUCAGUGGCAAAGUCCAAGGAAGAUCUGAAUGAAGGAACUCGGAAAAGAAAAGUGAAGAAAGCUGAAUGAAAAAGCAAGGACAACUAUUAUAUUAACCAUAAUAUCCGUUAGAAUGGCCAUAAACAAGGCUGAUUCAGUGUUAUAUGCCAAAGCAAAAGAAAUCCCCAACUUUGCAGUGUAUAUUUUUAAUACAUUUUAUAUAUGGUGAGAGGCUUUAUAACCUCUCAAAAGUCCCCUUGUCUUGGAGAUAUUUUGGUUGAUACUAAUUGCUAGAUGCUACUGAUGUGGAUGCCAAGUUUGCCAACAAAAUCUUCUCACAAUGCUAUAUUUUGGAUUAUUGCUCCUAUUAGACAUUUCAUGCAUCAUGCCCUAUGUCUGUUUUGUGAAUUCUGCCCUGUGUCUAAUAUAUUUAAGAAUAUUUUAGAAGAUAUUUAAGAAUCAAAGAAACUGUAAAUACACAAUUUAAACAUCACACCAGCAGUAAUGUCAGUCAGCUAUGAAAGGGAUUAUUUUUUUAUUUAAUGUAAAUCCUCAUUUGAAAAAAGAGAAAAACAUUAUGUUCAGGUUUAUCAAGCCAUAUUUGUAACAUAUGUAACUAUAUUUAAGAAAAAUUAAACACAAUCUUCUAAUGUAUUGCUUUUCUUUUUAUUGCCAUAAUAAACAUCAUUUGCAGGUUAAUUGGUUAAAUAGUUAAUAGACAAUCAAAAUGUAGGUGUUUUAUAAGAGAUUAGUCCUACAGUUUUAAGGAAAUAAUCACUUUUUCCAAAAAAUGUAUCAUGAUCUCACUGAAGCCCCACUACCUGGCUACAAGUUCCUUCUCAUUCCCAAGCAUUGGACUCUGGUCUCAUGGUGCAUGUGGUUUCUCUAAUAUCAAGUGUUAUAGUAUUCUGAGAACAUUGGGGGGCAUGUGCAUGGCUUAAAGUCAGUACACGCAGCAGUUGUUUUAAAUGCAGGUGAGGCGAUACCUACUUGUGGUGAUUGCUUCCAUGGCCCGAUUUCGUCUAUAAUGCUCAAGAGUACACUCCAUCCAAUAUUCAACUAUUUUGGUUUUCCUGCACAAGAUGCCCAGCUUUUUUCAGUUUCAUCAUAUCGUUCACUUUUCAAUUCUUGGACCAAAUUUACCAUUCUUCACCUGACCCCUCUCAAAUUUGAUAUCUUGAUUGCCUUAGCUAUAAAAAGCCCCAGUUCCACCCAAAGACAUCGUAGGACAAUGUUAUGAUCUUAAGGAGUGUGUAUAUUUUAAUCUAUGCAUUUGGUUGUAAUAUUGCUAGAAGAAUGUGUAUAUUACAUAUGAUUAUCUACAUAAAGCUCGCCUCGUCAUCCACAUGUUUUAUAGAUGACAAGUUGUCUGUAAAGCGAUCACAGCUUGUCUUGACUGGCCCUUGUUUCCUGAUAAGACAUUGUGGACAAUAAAUGUACACCCAAUGGAAAUUCUUUGCAUAAUUUUAUUCAUAUUUACUGCCGUCAUCUCAAUUGCAUUGCCUUGGGCAACAAAUUCUUCACUUGAACAGGUUAGUGCUAUUUAUUUCCUGUUCAUUGAUUGGACUUAUGUAUUCAGAUAAGAGUUAAGCAAACCCCUCCUUUGUAAUAUAUACUUAAAAAAAAAAAAAAC